UAACCAUAUUUUUUUAUUAUCAAUCUGAUAUAAUGAGCGAGCAAUAUACUUCCUUAUCCGAACUAAAAGACUUCGAUACACUUAUUAAAGACUUGGGAGAAACACGUCGCGAACAGUCGAAUGAUGUCAUAUAUGUCUUUACCGAAACAACAUUCACAAAGAUCUCCAGGCUUCCAAUAUAUGAUCCAUAUCCUGAUGGUACUCCAUUUACAUGGUGGAGAUCCUGGAAUCACGAACGUAUCGAUAACGAAGCCAAGGCACUAAAGCUGAUUGCUGCCCAAACAACAAUACCUGUUCCUCAGUUACUUGCGCAUGGGACACUUUCCGAUGGCUGUAAAUAUUUAACCACUGCACGUGUCGGUGGUAUCAGCCUAAGUGAUAUCAUGGAAUCUGAGGGCUGUCUAAAACCGUUGGGCCAACAACACAUGGAUACUGCGCCGUGCAAGAUAUGUUCAGACGAGGCCCACACAAAUGCAACUCUAUUUAUUAACGAAACUGUUUUACCACAACUUGCAAAUCUAAAGUCUCGGGAGCGUGGCAUCGAUGGAUUCGUGAUGCCCCCUUCUUGGAUCUGCCCCGAUGCUGAACCGCCAUGGGACCGCCCAAGGACCUGGAAGACAAUACCACUAGAGCAGCCAGGAUAUAUUUUUCAGCACGGCGAUAUGGCGGCUCAUAAUAUAUUAAUUGAUCGAUCUUCUCUUCAAGUUAACGCACUCAUUGAUUGGGAACAUGCUGGUUAUUUUCCAUCAGGCAUGGAACGAUGGCCUGGAACACUACAUAUGGAUGAUUACAGAAAACGAGGCCGUGGGAUAGGCAGGGCGAUAGAAGAGUUUCUAGCAGAAGACUAUAUAGAGUGUUACAACAAAUGGGCCGAUAAGGCAGAAUUGGAGAAUCUCGUCCGAGCUGGUGAACUUCCCGAUAUUACUUCAGUGAGAAAUAGAUUAGAUAUGGAAUAAUAUCGACCCUACUGACGCUGUUUGUCUAAACUGCUUAUUUUGUUUUUUUCACUAUAACAGUCUCAACUGAGUAUAUUGACUUCUUCAUAUUAAGAAUAUAAGGGCCGCCUAGUCGCUUGUACCCACAUGUCAGUUAUUUGAAAUAAACCAAGACAGUUGCGCGACUUCAACGGGCUUGUAGGGCAAAGAGUUGCAAGAUCAAAAUGGCGGAAAAGCUAUAUGCGUAGUGUUAACCUCGGCACUGCAUUCGAACGGAGCGUAUAUUCUACCAAGAUUUCUCGCACUUACCUCAAAUAUAACCUUUCCCAGCUCCAUUUGGGCGACAGUUUUGCCGAGGCAUUGGAACUUGCCAUGGCCAAACACCAGUUCGUUGGUCGAUAGCAUGAGUUUCAGCUUAUCGGCAUCGGGCUCGAACCAGCGUUCGGGUCUGAAGGCGUCCACAUCAUUGCCAUAGAUGCCCUUGCUGUGGUGCAUCGCAUAGGCUGAGUAUCCGAUGCAAACCCCACCAGGUAAAACUAUUGUCUCGCCAUUGACUUUAACUUCAUCACCAUUAGGUGGGACGUCUCGCGAGAAUAUGUUUGCGACUGGUGGGGUAACGCGCAGUGCCUCUCGGAUAACAGCCUGGAGGUACGGAAGCUGUUUUGCUUGGUUGGCGGAAAUAAUCCCUGAUCCGCUUGCGGGAGCCCGACCAGCUCGCACGGCUCCAUCAAUCUCAACCUGCAGUUUCGAAUGUACACGAGGAUUUGUCAUGAUAUGCAGUAGCGUGAAACGAAUACCAGUGGCGGUGGUAUCGGAGCCUGCGAUAAUCUGCUCAAGCGCCUCUGUUCGUAGCUCAGCACCGGACAAACCAUGACGAGCGAAGGAAGCCAGCAUAUCGGAGUGUUUCUCGGUUGCCUUAGCAGCGCGAUCAUCAACGAGGCGGAAGCAAGUGGCCAUCAUCUUGCCAAAGCCAGUGUUAUCCUUAGGGAACGGGGCAAUAAAGCGGCCAAUGAAUGGCGAGUGGGCAAGCCAGCUGAGGCCUAGCGCUAGGGCGCUGUUGCCCACGGCAAGGCCCUCUUCGCUAGACUUGAGAUAGUCGUCUAUAUCCGAAUCGGACCGCAACAUACCAAAAGGAGUUCCUAGGCCAAUCUUGCUGAUUACGUCGAGUGUGAAAAACUGUAUCUUGCGCGCGAGAUCCACCGGGACUAUACCGUCGUCCGAAGAGAGAUACUUGGAGCUGAUGAGGGAAAUCAAUUGGGCAAGGAAUUCAUCUAUGGAAGCCUCUAGACCAGGAUUUUCUCUUCCUGAGUACUGAGGCGUAGUAUGAGUAUUAGCACUCCGAUAGCUUUAUUAGCAAAGUUCAUAAUAAACCUACCCCAGGGGCCAUCUGCUUCCUCCUAAACUCGUGCUUCGCAUUGUCAGUUUGACUAAAUACAUUGUCCUUUCUGUGUUCAAUGCGACAAGCAUGGUAAUACCAGUCGGAGCGCUUGUAUCCUGGAGAAUUGUUGACGUGGGCCCAAACUUGGGGUGAAGAUGUGACCAGGAUGUUUGGCGCCACACGGGCAAUCGGGCCUGGGCACGAGAGUGAGUUAGCGUUGCGGAAAAGAUGCUAUUUGAGGGCUACUGGCUCGAAAGACACAAAUAUGGAAACGGCGGGAAUUCACCAACCGUAUUUUUCAUUCGCCAGGGCGUACCACUUAUGGCAUUCGCCACGUAGAAUGGCGCGACUGUGAGGAAGGUUGGUAAGACCCGUCAACGGCGGGCCGCGAAACUGCCAAAGGCGGACAGAAACGAUAGCCUUGCGCACUAUAUAAGACGCGAUGAAGAUACCGAACAGCAGCGGCCAAGUCAGCGAUGUAGGCGUGGGAAGGUUCCUCAACCUGUUGGUAAAGCCCUCCAUUCUGUAGGCGACAUGAGAGUAC